AUGGGCAGGUCCCCAUGUUGUGACGAGAGAAGUGUAAAGAAAGGGCCAUGGACACCAGAAGAAGACGAGAAGCUUAUUGAUUAUGUCAGCAAACAUGGCCAUGGAAGUUGGGGAACACUUUCAAAACGUGCAGGUCUUAAUAGGUGCGGUAAGAGCUGCAGGCUAAGAUGGACAAACUAUCUGAGGCCUGAUAUCAAGAGAGGGAAAUUCACUGAAGAAGAAGAGCGAAUUAUCAUCAACCUACAUUCAGUUCUCGGAAACAAGUGGUCAAAGAUUGCAGCCCAUCUUCCAGGAAGAACUGAUAAUGAGAUCAAGAAUUUCUGGAACACCCUCAUAAGGAAAAAGCUUCUCAAGAUGGGUAUUGAUCCAGAAACUCACAAACCAAGGACUGAUUUCAAUCACCUAAUGAAUCUUUCUCAGUUGCUUGGGAUGUCAAACUUGGGAAAUGCUAUGAGUACUACUUGGGGCAACCCUCUUGGUUUACAUGCAGAUGUCACUCAGCUAGCCAAUAUACAGAUGUUACAAAAUAUGUUGCACAUUAUGAACAGCAAUUCAUAUGUCAACAUGGGUAACCCUUACCUCUUAGGCAAUCCCAGCCUCAACCCAUUCAAUGAAUUUCUCAAUGGAACAAACACCCUCCAAGCUAAGGAACCUGUUGUCUUGAGUGGUGAAGAAUAUGCAAACCCUGGUCUAUACUCUCAAGCACAAAGUGAGUCCUCUCUGCAGGAUAUUUCAAAAUCAUGGGCAGAUGCAGAAGGUGGAUCUCAUCCACAAGAUCUUGAUUACAACAAAAUUAGCAGCACUUUUGAGAAUCAAGCAGAAAAUCCAUUGCCUGCAUUAGUUGCUUUCUCUCCAAGAAUCAAACAAAUGGACAAUGGUUAUAAUAACACAGCUCAAACGUCCACCCAGUCAACUUCCAACACAAUCUUUGAUGACUGGGAGAAGUUCCUUGAUGAAGAAACAAACGGUUCCUACUGGAAAGAGAUUCUAGAGUAA